UCUGGGAACGGGCGGGGAUGUCGUCGAGCGGGCGGGUAAGGGUGGAGAGCAAGGCUGAGGCCAGCUCACCGGUGAGAGUACAGGAAGAAGAGCCCACAGGAGUUUGAACACAUGUAGACAAUGAGCACAACUGAUUUAGUGAAUGCGACGGACGAGACUGAUGGAAAUGAGAGCCACGUAGAAACACCACCCUGGCGCGGUCGUGCUGGAGCCGCCGUGACUUCUGCCUCACCACAAACUCAGGAACCGCCGGACCUCGCGCGAUCGUCCCAGAACCCACGGGAGGAGAGACGUACCAAACCGCCGCAGUCGACGUGCAAACGGCGUCUUGGCUGCACGAGAAGCUCUACGACCUCGGGAGGAAGUCCAGAUGGACUGAGCGAGCAGGAGGGAGAGUGCGGCGCAGCGUUUUGAGGUUGUGACCUGGCCGCCAUAGUUCGAUUUCAGCCAGGUCACCCGAAGACCGGGGAACGCCUAGAUGCAUCGUUUGCCUUUGCGUAGCACGCAGGCUGCGUCUUCAUCCCAAGCUCAGCUUUG